AUGGACUCGAUCGUCGAGCUCAUCAAGUCGACCUCAACGUUCGAACAGCUACACAAAGAAGGUGAGCCGCACAACAGGCCCCUCGUAGUGCCGACUGGGUGCUGUACUAACUCUCCACGCUGCCGUCGGCGUCGUCAUCGCUCGCAGUGCAACAGCUACGCAAACUCGACAAGGCCUCGAACGACAACAACACGUCCAUAUUCGAAAGCGCAUUGCAAGAUGGACGAGACCCAUUGGAGGUCUUGGAUUCGUUGCAGCACUCGGCGGGGUAUCUCUUCAUCCUGUACGUCGAGCACACGCGACGCACCCCACCCGAUCCGAGCUGACUGAGGAUGCGGACAAUCGUCUACGCACAGCAAUGCGAGGUUGUCGGUCGAAGGAUGUGAUUUGGAUCGUCUGCUGCCUCUGCUGCUGCAGUUCAGUGAGAAGUUCGACUAUGAACAGCUCGCCCUUGUUCCCGACCAAGGUCAGCCGCGUCGCACGACACACCCUUGGCUCCACGGAUGGCAUGCGCAUCUCAUUCUUUUCUGGUGUCUUUUUCAGUCUCUUACCUCGUCAAGACCAUCACCAACUUUGUUCAAUCAAGUCCAAGUCACCAAGCUGUCAGUCACGCUUCUCACAGCUCUUCUGGCGGGGCUCGCUGUCGGGCCCCACCUUCACAGUCGCUCGCUCACUCAUCGCCAUCGCUGCAUCCUCGCUUCCUCCCAGACGAUUGCCUUGCUUCUACCGCUGCGACUUAUGGUCAUGCGUAGCUCACCACCGGGGCAUCUCACCGUACUAUACCCCGGCUUCCUCGAUGUAAGCUGGCCAAGCUUUAUCAUUUUCGGCUCUGAUCGUAGUGCUGACGCCAAGAUGUGCUUUCCUUUCUCAGCUUUGCAUCAAAAGCCGCGCCUACGACUUUGCUCUGGACCUGCUUCUGAUGGACACGAUUGAUGUCGACAACACUGUGAGUCAAAGCUCGGACCUCGGAUCCGUCUGCGAUUUUUUCCUCUGCUGAGCUGACCAAUCCACAACUCGUUGCGCUCGGUAGCUUGGACAAGUCAAGUACAUGGAUCACCUGCAGUAUCAUUACCUUGGGGGUGUUAUCCUCGCCUUACUCAAGUACAACGAGCGUGCGAUUGACUUUCUUGAGAUUGCAAGUCAAUUUCCUUGUCCGCGGUGGAGAUUCUUUGCUAACCUCCAUCACUUGGUGACAAAAGGCCGUCUCUGCCCCGGGCCACUCGGUCUCAUUGGUUCAAAUCGACGCCUACAAAAAGCUUGUUAUCCUUCAGUUGCUCACCCACGGCAAGACAUCCCCUCUUCCCAAAUAUACAGCCCCGAAUGUCCACGGUGCGAUCAAGAGUCGAUGUGCGGUCUACCUCAACUUCGCGAUCGCCUUCAUGAAGCUCGACAAGUCAGCGCUCGUGAAUCUCGUGGCUCAGCAUGGACCGGCGUUCGAGGAGGAUCUCAACUCGGGAUUGGUCAAACGUUGCCUCGCCUCGUUGCGUCGACGUCAGAUUGAAAAGUUGACCGAGACGUACAUGACCUUGAGUCUCGGUGAUUUGUGCCAGGCGCUUGGGCUGGACAGGACUGUUGAGCAUGACUUGCUCGAUGUCAAGCAAGAGUUGUCCAUGAUGGUGAGUGACAGCAUUCUCUAUGGCCCGUUUUCAGGAGAAUACGCUCCUGACACCAUCCGCUUUGUGACAUGUGAAGAUCGACGAGAAGCAUAUCUUUGGCUCCAUCACUCCUGCCGACGAUCUUGCCUCCGCGACCGUGACCUUCACCGAUGACUCAUCGCUCUAUACCUCUCACGAAACGCUACAACGUCUCGCCCAAUCGAUUGCUACGACUCAGAAGAUGAUUGCGCAAUCCGAAACACGUGCCAAGGAAAUUGAAAAAUCCAAGGAGUUCAUGAACAAGGCUUACGCGGCGGCGGGGAACCAGGCUAGUGCGAUGGCGGCCGCACACGGCAUGAACCUCGCUUCGAUGUCGGGCUUCGGGAGCGAGUUCGAUUAUGCCGAAGAAGGCGCUUGGGAUGGGGGAGACGAUUGA